CAAGCUUCCCUUGCGUUGGCCACAACGACACGCUGAAGUCGACCUUAUGAUCGUCCCGCAGCAGCCAUCCUGGCAGCUCGCAGUCUCGCGCCGUCUCGGCCUCGUGUGCGCCAGCCUCGCGCUCAUCGUGCUCGUCGCGCAGGCUUCGCCGCCUUCUGAGGUGUCUGACGCCUCUGAGCAGCUGGAGGAGCGGGUGCCAUCGUGCUAUCCGUUCUGCGGAAUGGAAGUGGUCGUGCACAAGGGCUACGGGCUCGAGCGCCACUACGCAACCACGCCCGACGGGUACAUACUCGGCCUCUUCCGCCUGCUUCCUCGUGGCGAGAAGUCCGCCGCUCGGCUCGCCCGGAGCCCGCCGCUGGUGCUGCAGCACGCCCUGCUCGAUUCAUCCUUUGCGUGGGUAUCCAACUACCACAAGAACCAGUCGCUCGCCCUCCUCGCCAGCGACGCCGGCUACGACGUCUGGCUCGGCAACAAUCGCGGGAACGUCUACUCGCGCAACCACACCCGCCUCGACCCCGACGCCGACGCGGCGUUCUGGGACUUUACCUUUGAAGACAUGGCGACGGCAGACCUGCCCGCCACACUGCGCUACGUCCUCGAGCACCGCGCUGCGGAGGCAGCGGCCGCAGGCGGCGGAGGAGGAGGCGGCGGCGGUGGUGCUCGCGGCGGCGAUGGUGGCAGCGGUGGUGGUGGCAGCGGCGGCGGCGGUGAUGAUGGCGGUGGCGGCGGCGGGGAUGGUGGUGGCGGCGGCGGCAAGGGCAGCGUCUCUACAAGGCUUCGGCUGCCCGCGAGGUCGAUUGGCUUCAUCGGCCACUCGGAAGGGACGAUGCAGGGCUUCGCGGGCUUCUCGCUCGCUGAGAACGCCGAGGUGGCGGAGGCAGUCGCUCUCUUCGGCGCCCUCGCGCCGGUCGCUUUCCUCUCCGGGAUCGACUCGCCCGUGGUGAGAGGCGGAGAACGCGCGGCGGUACAACGCGACGCGGCCGCCGGACUUCCCGCUCGCGGCGGGCUUCAAGGUGCCCGUCGCGAUGUGGUCGGGCGCGCGCGACUCGCUCGCCACUCCGGCGGACGUGGCGCGGCUGCAAGAGGCGCUCGCGCCGACGGGGAGGGUGGUGCACCACGCGGAGGUCGAUUUCGCGCAUCUCGACUUUACUUGGUCGACACGCGCCGCGGAGGCGGUCUACCAGCCGCUCCUCUGCAUGAUGCGCGCACGGCUACCGCCCGAGAGAGGGCCGUGCGCCGCCGAGGCUGCAGCCGAGCCCACACCCGGCCUUGCAGCCGAGCCUGCGGCCGAAAGACGGCGCAGCGGCGUCUUGCAAUGAGAAAGUGCGAAGGUCUCGCGCGGCAGCUCGCUCGCUCGAGGCCGGCUCCUUCCUCCCUUCCUAGCAGCCUAGGAUUCGGUUCGCCUCUUCCCCAUCCAAGUCCCCAUCUCCCUCUCGCUCUCGCCCAUCGCGAGAAUGGGGUCCCCACAGUAGAGUAGUUCAUGCGCAUCUGGGUGUGUUACAUGCACAGCAUACAGUGUCCAGCCUGUCAGAUUCGCGCGUCGUGUCGGUCGAGAGCCCCUAUUCUUGCGCCCAUUUAUUUUCGCGAGCCUGUGGUAUCUGUCUACUAACGGGCUGAGCGGUAUGCGGUAUGCCGCGCCCGCGGCAAAUGCCGCGCCCGCGGCAAAGAGUGAGGGCUCGACGGAGUGCGAGUGGGCCGCGGAGAGACAGAGAGCGUCCGAGACCGAGUCAGAGGUGACAGCACUGACAGGUAAGGUAAGGUAAGGUAAACGUCUCC